UGAUGUUUGAAAGAAUGAGCUUCGGUACGUCUGCUGGAAGAGAAAAAUAUUUUGGCUAUUGUACAGAGAACUAAUCCAAUGGCAGCAUGUAUGCCGGUAAUACAGUGGGAAAGGAAGGCCCAGUGGUCUUCCACAUGCGAUAUAUAGCGCUCCACAUGAGAUCAAAUAAAAAGAACAAGCCAGCACGUACGUAUGCCCCUCGGAUCUGGAAGAAAUACAAAGAGCAGGAAAUGGAUCCCAAUCAACCCAGUCUGCGAACCUUGCGGCUACGAGUUCCACCGAACUUCACACGAGUCGAAUCAGUCACUCGGCUAACAAGACCCCGGAUCUUGCGUCCUUCGUUACCAAGCAGCACCUUUGUGAAUCCAUCACGGCCCUUGCCAAAGCCACGGAAGACAAUCUCUAGCCGCUUGAUAUCCAUCAAGAGGCCUCGCUCCUGGAUUUGCGAGACGACGUGGGAGGACAAUUGGUAGGCGGAUUCAAAGCCGGCACGGCCACCCUUGCGGAAACCGAUCUGACCAGUGCCCAUGGACAAGAUUGGGUUGCCAUUCGGCCGCGUCAAGGUAAGAAUAGUAUUGUGCUUGUGCGCGAAGACGUGGAGGUGGUGGGGAGGGGCACGGUCGGCGUAGGGGUUCUUGAUCAUGUCGGCUUCCAGGCUCUCAGCCAGGCGAGCGUAGUCGGCGCUGACACGCGAAGAAGCAGAAGACCGGCUUCCAGUCAUCAUCUUGGAGAUGGCAGAGAGCGGCGAAGAGUUCUCGGCGGAUUCGGGUUGGCGAUCAAGGAUCUGGUUCUCAAUCGUUCGGGUCUUCUCCUUCAGGCUGGAGGCGUCCUUUGAAGAAGAGAAAAAGGGCCGGAUUGCACCGAGAGAUGCGAUACGCGGUUGAAAUUGUCGGCAUACAGCCGGCAAUGACUUUGCAAGAGCUUUCAUGGAGAAGGAGUUCAUUGCGGCGACGGGUGCCGAUGCCGCGGCGAGGAUGGGGCACGCAGAGGUAGAGAUGCGGCGAUAAAAUCGACAAAGGGCGCUAAUUGUUUUGGAGGCAAAUAUUCCCGGCGAUGGAAUUGUUUGAGAGUAACUUAAUUGAGCAGAGUGACCGUAGCUGGCCGGAAGUGUCGCGCGAGCCGUGAUCGGACCGACGAGAGGCGGAAAGGAAACACUGGAAGUUUUUCGAAAGUCUUGGCGUCUCUUGACUUUUUCCCUUCCCCGACUCAACUCUCCUCGGUCCAACCUCCGCUUCUCAACAAUCUCACCCCGAACAUCCGGGCUUGGCUGGAAUAUCUUUUGCUCUUUUUCUCUCGCUUCUUUAUACCUAUCUUGUCUGCGACGUUAUUCUAGAGCAUGAUUUCCGCCAAAAUGUCUACCGCCGCGCGGGCGGCGACUUUGCGCUCCCAGGCCCCGGCCUUCAGAGCCGUUUCUCAAGGAUCUCGGACUCUUUCAUAUUCGGCAUUGCCCAAGCUGUCUGGUAACAGCCAAAAGAAUGCUCUCCAGUCGAGCCAGCUCCCAGUGUCCCAGCUCGUCUCGCCGUUCGCCGCCCUCCCUUUGACCCGAUCUUUCCACGCUGCCACUCCUCUCUUCCAGCAGCAGCAACAAUCCAAGGACGAGAAGAAGUCCGACGAAUCGAAGACCGAGUCCCAAGGCGAGAAAGAUGAAUCAGGCGAGGAGAAGAAGGAGAAGAAGGAAGAUGCACCUCCGCCACCCCAUGGCGACAAGUCGCCCUGGCAAGUCUUCCGUGACACCCUUCAGACCGAGUUCAAGGCCUCCAAGGAGUGGAACGAGUCUACCAAGGCCCUUGCUUCCUCUGCACACGAGUUCUCCGAAAACGAGAACAUUAAGCGCGCUCGUGCGGCUUAUCAGGCGGCUUCCGGAGCUGCUACUACCCGCACAUCCGAAGCUCUCAAGACUACCGGUCAGGUUAUUGGAAAGGGUGCUUCCUGGACUUGGAACACUCCCGUCGUCAAAGGUGUCCGCAAAGGUGUCAGCGCUACUGGUGCUGGACUCGAGAAAGCCACGAGACCCGUGCGUGAGACUGAGGCGUUCAAGAGCGUGAAGGAGGCCAUUGAUGAUGGCAGUAGCUCGCGCUACGGUGGAUGGAUUGAGAAGGAGGAGCGUCGCAAGCAACGCCAACUCCGUGAGGAAAUGGAGAUUAAGGCUGGCAAGCGCCCCAUGCAGCCUAUGGAGGAGGACCCCAAUGCCGGUACCAACAUUACCCUUCACAAGGAUGCCGCUUGGAAGGAGUCUUGGAGCACCUUCCGCGACUCUAACCCUAUGAUGCAGAAGCUCUUCGCCAUGCGGGAUGUGUACGAGGAGUCUGAGAACCCCCUCAUCAGCACUGCUCGCAGUAUAACCGACCGAAUUGGUGGUUUCUUCGCUGAGAAUGAGACUGCUAUGGUUGUCAAGAAGUUCCGCGAGAUUGAUCCCACCUUCCAGAUGGAGGAGUUCUUGCGUGAGCUGCGUGAAUACAUGCUUCCCGAGGUUUUGGAUGCCUACGUCAAGGGUGACGUUGAGACCCUGAAGCUCUGGCUCUCCGAUGCUCAGUUCUCCGUUUACGCCGCUCUUGCUAAGCAAUACACUACUGCCGGUCUGAAGUCUGACGGUCGUAUCCUGGAUAUCCGUGGUGUUGACAUCUCGAAUGCUCGUCUGCUGGAGCCUGGCGAGAUCCCCGUCUUCGUCGUCACUUGCCGUGCCCAGGAAGUCCACGUCUACCGCAAUGUCAAGACCAAUGAGCUCGCUGCUGGUAUGGAGGACAAGGUUCAGCUGGUCACCUAUGCUAUUGGCCUGACCCGUAUCCCUGAAGAAGUCAGCAACCCCGAGACCCGGGGCUGGAGACUGAUCGAGCUGCAGAAGGCCGCUCGUGACUACAUUUAAGCUCGUCCAACGGAUUUCUUAUUACGCGAUCUCCUGCCGAUUGUUUCGCCCAAGACUAUAUCCUCCUGUUUGGGCCAUAUCCUCGUCCCUAUAACCCUUUACUUCUCGCCCUCUCGACUGUACAAUAUGAUUACUUGAUACUGAAACGGGCGGAUCUGGCGCUUGUUUACGGUUCACGUCUGCCCUCGGAUGCCACGGUGUCAACCUUGUUCUCUUUGCAGAUUCUUUCUCAUUCUUCAUGUAUUAAUGUUCAUUUCUCCAUCUGUUUUCUGUUUUCUUUAUCUUGUCAACCUGUUGGUGUUACUAACAACCGGGUCUUGCAAGCAAAAAAACACCCCUCCCAUUUCCAUAGACUCGGAUGCGGCUGCGUUGAAACUUUGAGCUGAUCUGAUGGGCAUUUGGUCUUGAGGUGUUUUAUGGCGUCUCGUGCUUUUGCAUUUUCACUCUCCCCUCGACAUUGAUUGAUCUACACGUGGGCCAUUCGGUUUGGCUAUUUUGGAUUUCGUUGGCUGGGUGCACUCGUAUGUGAUUUGUGAUCUGGACGGUGCAGAUAUCAGCCAGAUGAAGUUGCAUCAAAUUAUGUGUAAAUAUAUAUCAGAAGAAUAUAUUCUUCGUGUCUCAUUAUUCUAAACAACUGCAUUUAUUUCUAUAUUGAGCGGGGC